AUGGUUUGUGCAUUGGUUGCGUCGACUGGUUGGGCACAGCAAGCUGAUUGGGUUUCGCAGAUAUGUCAAGGUUAUAAAACAAAUCAAUAUGUUGCAGCAUUAGUAGAGUGCAGUCAAAAUCCUUCGCCAGAUUCAUAUCGGUCAUUAUUGGCAAAUACAGUUAAAACAGCAACGAUCGUUAUUUUCAUUCUCAGUCUUGUUACUGUUAUAAUUAUUUUUGUGAUUCAUGUAUUUGUUGCAUUACGUAAACGAAAACAUUGGAAAAUUACGACAAGAAUAGUUGCUGUUAUUUUGAUUCCAUUCUUCCUUCUUGUUUUUGCCAUAUCCAUUGCUGCAAUUUUUUGGGAAGUAAAAUUAGUCACUAUAUUUGGGUCUCGUUAUACAUCAGAUCCAUAUCAAUCAACACCGAACGGGUAUUGUAAAGCACAAACAGGUGCAGCUGGUGCAGCUGCUGGCUUUGGAUUGUUAGCUGCAUUCUUUCUACUGAUUGAUAUAAUAUGUCGUUUAUUAACUAUUGGAUCAUUACGAAAACGAAAUAAACGACGAGCAAUGCGUGUUGAUGUUAUAUCUUAG